GGGUUUGGUUUGUGUUUACAGCUGCACUGUUGCUUGCUAAUGUUCAGCGCUGUUAUGUCAAGCUUCUCUGGAAUAAAAAGCUUUUGUGGAAACAGGUAAUUUUGCUCAUUAAACUGCCAUUCAUGAGCGCGUCUGGCUUGGUUUAGCAGUCAUGGAUGACAAGGCCUCGGUGGGAAAGAUUAGCGUGUCUUCUGAUUCAGUGUCCACCCUCAACAGUGAGGACUUUGUCCUGGUUUCCUGUCUGGGGGAUGAGACCCACUCCACUAAUAAUGGUAGCGAUGAUGAAAAGACAGGACUAAAGGUGAUUUCUGAGGAAGGGGUCAGCUUUAAGAUUGUGGGGAACGGCAGUGAGCAGCAGUUACAGCAGGAGCUGGAAGAUGUGCUGAUGGACCCUUCUAUGACUGAGCUGACGGGCAACUUGGACCAAUCGGGAGAGGGAGAUCAUGGCUACCCUACCAUUGUUGCCACGCCACUGUCCUGCACAACACCCCCUAAACUCAAGAUGAUGCUGCCUGUUCAGGGGCCUCAGGAGAGCGAACUCAAUGAGAGAUCUUACAGGGAUGAGCCCUCUGAGAUGAGUCCCAGUACUCCAGUCCCAGACGAGGACAGUGUGGUGUUCAGUAAACUGACUUAUUUGGGCUGUGCGUCAGUGAACGCCCCUCGCAGUGAGGUGGAGGCACUGCGUAUGGUCAGCAUACUGCGUAGCCAGUGCCAGAUGCCCCUGGACAUCACCCUCUCUGUGCCUGGAGUCUCUGAGGGCACCGUCAGGUUACUGGAUCCUCAGAGCAGCACUGAGAUUGCCAACUACCCCAUAUAUAAGAUCCUCUUCUGUGUUCGCGGCCAUGACGGGUCGCCAGAGAGCGACUGCUUCGCCUUCACUGAGAGCCACUACAAUGCUGAGAUCUUCCGUAUCCACGUCUUCCGCUGUGAGAUCCACGAGGCGGUCAGCCGAAUACUCUACAGCUUUGCCACAGCCUUCCGACGAUCAGCCAUUAAAGCGCCACUUGCUGCCAAGACUCUGCCCCUCACACCAGACAGUGAUGUUUUCACCUUCACCGUCAGUCUGGAGAUCAAAGAGGAUGAUGGGAAGGGCACAUUUAGUGCUGUGUCAAAGGAUAAGGACAGGCAGAGCUUUAAACUGCGGCCAGGCAUGGACAAGAAGAUAGUGAUCUAUAUCCAACAGACGUCCAACAAAGAGCUGGCCGUCGAGAGGUGUUUUGGUCUGCUCUUGAGCCCAGGGAAGAAUGUAAAGAACAGUGAUAUGCACCUGCUCGACCUGGAAUCAAUGGGCAAGAGUUCAGAUGGGAAGUCUUACAUCAUCACAGGGAGCUGGAAUCCCAACACUCCUCAGUUUCAGGCUGUGAACGAGGAGACACCCAAAGAUAAGUUCAUGUACAUGACAACGGCAGUGGAUCUGGUGAUCACUGAGGUGGAGGAGCCUGUGAGGUUCCUGCUGGAGACGCGGGUUCGAGUGUGCUCCCCCAACGACAGGCUCUUUUGGCCCUUCAGUAAACGCAGUUACACUGAGACCUUCUAUCUCAAACUCAGACCCAUGGAGAACAAGGAGCGGAAGAGUAAUUCAGACACGCUUUAUGAAGUGGUGAGUUUAGAGAGUGAGACGGAGAGAGAAAGGAUGAAGACCACGGCUAGCCCCGGCAUUCUGCCCUUUGGAUCUCACAGCUCUAUUGUGCCCUCGCCACCAGAGGAUGAUGAGGAGGAAGAUAAUGAUGAGCCCUUACUUAGCGGCUCUGGAGACGUGUCUAAGGAAUGCGGUGAAAAAAUUCUGGAAACUUGGGGCGAUUUGUUAUCCAAAUGGCAUCUGAACUUGGCUGUUCGGCCCAAACAGCUGCCGGCGCUGGUCCGCAGUGGUGUCCCAGAGGCCUUGAGAGGGGAGGUGUGGCAGCUACUGGCCGGAUGUCACAACAAUGACCACCAGGUGGAGGAGUACCGAACACUCAUUAUAAAGGAAUCUCCACAAGACAGUGCCAUCACUCGUGACAUUAACCGUACCUUUCCGGCACACGACUACUUUAAAGACACAGGAGGUGACGGGCAGGACUCUCUCUAUAAGAUCUGUAAGGCAUACUCUGUAUACGAUGAAGUGAUUGGUUACUGUCAGGGGCAGUCCUUCCUCGCUGCUGUGCUGCUGCUACACAUGCCAGAGGAGCAGGCGUUCAGCGUGCUGGUGAAGAUCAUGUUUGAAUACGGUCUCAGGGAGCUCUUCAAGCAAAACUUUGAAGAUCUGCACUGCAAGUUCUUUCAGCUGGAGAGACUCAUGCAGGAAUAUAUUCCAGACCUGUACGCACAUUUCCUGAAUCUGGGUUUGGAAGCGCACAUGUACGCCUCCCAGUGGUUUCUCACUCUCUUCACAGCCAAAUUCCCCCUCUACAUGGUCUUUCACAUCAUAGACCUACUGCUGUGUGAGGGCAUCAGUGUCAUUUUCAAUGUGGCUCUUGCUCUACUGAAGACAUCUAAAGAUGACCUAUUACAGACAGAUUUUGAGGGUGCGCUGAAGUUCUUUCGAGUGCCUGUGCCCAAACGCUAUCGCUCAGAGGAGAACGCCAAGAAGCUCAUGGAGCUAGCAUGUAGUAUGAAGAUUAGUCAGAAGAAGCUAAAGAAGUAUGAGAAGGAAUAUCACACCAUUCGAGAGCAACAAGAACAGCAGGAGGCGCCAAUCGAGAGAUAUGAGAGAGAGAACCGGCGGUUACAGGAAGCUAACAUGCGUCUGGAACAGGAAAACGAUGACCUGGCACAUGAGCUGGUCAGCAGUAAGAUCGCGCUGCGGAAAGACCUGGACAACGCGGAAGAGAAAGCCGAUGCGCUCAAUAAAGAGCUUCUCAUCACCAAACAGAAACUGGUGGACUCUGAAGAUGAGAAGAGACGACUGGAGGAAGAGUCUGCACAGCUGAAGGAGAUGUGUCGGAGAGAACUGGACAAAUCUGAGUCUGAGAUAAAGAAGAACGGCUCCAUCAUUGGGGAAUACAAACAGAUCUGCUCUCAGCUCAGCGAGCGUCUGGAGAAACAGCAGACGGCUAACAGAGGAGAGCUGGAGAAGAUCCGGCUGAAGGUGGAAGGCUGUGAUAAAUGCAGCAAUCUCUUCAAUAAGGAGGGCCGUCUGAAAGUGUUGAGUGCUCCUAAGGAGGGCAGUGAGGAGGACACAGAUGAGGAGAAGGAGGCGCUGAAGUAUCAGCUGAGAGAGAUGGAGCUGGAGCUCGCUCAGACCAAACUACAGCUGGUGGAGGCCGAGUGCAAGAUACAGGACCUGGAGCAUCAUCUGGGCCUGGCUCUGAACGAAGUCCAAGCAGCCAAAAAGACGUGGUUCAACCGGACGUUAAGCUCCAUCAAGACUGUCACUGGAGCUCAAGGCAAAGAGAGCGUCUAACUGGACCACAGAGACACUCCAGCCACUAACUAUCUCUCCCCUGUCCAGUGCUUGUACCCUGCAGCUGGCACAACAGAAGUUUUUUCUCUCUCCUUUUUCCUUUUGUAAAAAGAACUUUACUUUUAGGGUACCAACUAUCCAAACUGAAACACAUGUACUUACUGAAAGAAAAAAGACUUUAACGUCUUUCUACUACUGAUAUUAAACAGAGGACUGGGCUGUGUCUUCUGCGAGAUAUUAACACUUCAUCUAUUGACCUACUCAAGACUACUUGCAUAAACACAGAGUCCCAGUUAAUAUACGGUACAAGUGCUGUCGGAAAACUAGUUUCCGUUCAACCGUAACUUUCAUUUGUGUAAUGCAGAUUUGCUUUUUGCAAGGUGAUGGCAAAUGCGUUGAUCUGUGUGCAUGUGUAUGACUGAAAAGGUCUGCUUUUAUUGUACAGUGUGUGUGUGUGUGUGUGUUUGAGUGUGUUGGCCAAUAUUGUGGUUUCCAGAGGAAGACUAAAAGGAGGGAGUAAAUAGGUAGCACACUGUACAUAGAUUGUACAGUGAACUUUUAAUUUGAUUCCUCCUUGAACCACUAGCUGGCGCCCUUCUGAUAUUAACAAAAAUUAAUGGUGUAUUUGAUGAAUCAUGCGCAGUGGGAUACAGUGAUUGUGUAUAUCUGUAGCCACACAACGGGCUGAUCUAUAAAGGACUGCUUGUUUGACCGAAAGGUCAAUGUAAUUCACAAUCUGCAGUCUUCUGUAGUGACUGUGUGUUGCGGCUAACCAGAAAGGCGCGCUCUAAAGCACUUAUGAAUCGAGCACACGUUUUGAUCGGCAAGCACAUAUCAAGGUAAAGGAAAAGCUCAACCUUCAGCAGUCACUUUGUGUGUGUGUGUGUGUGUGUGUGUGUGUGUGUAAAGAAUACUUUGCAGUAAGGUCUUUGCACCUUACAGACAUAUUUAUAUUGAUAUUUGGCUUGCUACAGAUAUUGUUGGUGGUAAAGAAGGCCUGUGUGCCCUAUUAAGACAAAAGGGGCUGUUCUAAGAGGCACUGGGUUGUAAAUAAAAAAAAUAAGCAUAUGAUUUUUUUGGGGGGAUUAAUUUUAUAUUUCAAACUCUACUUGGUAACUGUACUAAUGUUGCCUAAUUGUAUUGUGCUACAAGAUUAUUACUAAUUGUUUGCCUUUGUCUUAAAUUUCAGACUGCUGUCUCAUUACAUGCCAAAUGUACCUUUACUAAGCAUUACAUUCGUGUGGACAUUGUAAUAGUGUAGGUUGCAUUGUGUAUACUUCCAUGAAUUUCAGUAUAAAGAUAUGAACACGUU